UCCUCCUCUGCUUGUGGGGCCAGAGGUUUGAGGACAGUCAGAGGACUAGAUGGUUUGAUCCAACAACAGGAGAGAGAUUCAGAGAAACUUCUGCUUCACAGUCUGAUUCUGUUCUUCACCCUCAGUGGAGUAAAAAUUAAAUCAUGGGGGCCAAUGAUCCAGCCAUGAACUCUGACCCCGCAGGGUCACGACCUCCAGCCAGGCGUCAGAGUCUCUUCCACAGCGUCAAGUUCUUUGUUUUCUGUCACAGUCUGCUGCAGCUGGCUCAGCUCUUGGUGUCAGGCUACAUGAAGAGCUCCAUCUCCACCAUCGAGAGACGUUACGGCCUCUCCAGCCAGAAGUCUGGCAUCCUGGCUUCUUUCAACGAGGUGGGGAACACAAUCCUCAUUGUGUUUGUUAGUUUCUUCGGGAGUCGGGUCCACCGGCCACGGUUCAUCGGGGGUGGGGCUCUGCUGGCCUGCAUGGCUUCGCUGCUGAUGGCCAUGCCGCACUUCCUGAGCGGACAGUACGAGUACACGGACCGCAUCAGCAUGUCGAGUCCUAACAGCUCCGGCCUCUGUCAAUCAGACAGCACCUUCACCACCUCAUCCACCAAUCAGAGCUGCAGCAAGGAGGAGAGCCCCGCCCAGCAGGUGGUUUACCCUCUGCUGCUUCUGGGUCAGCUGCUGCUUGGCAUUGGCGCCGUCCCCAUCCAGCCCUUCGGGAUCUCCUACAUCGACGACUACGCCAGCAAGAAGAACUCUCCGCUCUACCUUGGCAUCCUCCUGGCUGUGACCUCCAUUGGCCCGGCCUUCGGCUUCAUCACCGGCUCCUUCAUGUUGCGCUUUUAUGUGGACUUUGACAAGUUAUCCAAAGACCAGAUCCACUUGAACCACAAGGACCUGCGCUGGGUGGGAGCCUGGUGGCUCGGCUUCCUUGUGGCAUCCUGCCUCCUCUUCCUCGCUGCACUGCCGUAUCUCUUCUUCCCCAGAAACAUGCCCAAAGAGGACGACGCAGACGAUGAUGAGUCUAAACUGGACAGCAAACAGCAGCAGAAAAACCCGCUCAAGGAACUCACUCUCCUUCAGUUCCUCAAAAGUUUUCCCCGUAUCGCUCUGCGUACCCUGCGGGGCAACAUCUUCCUGCUGGUGGUUCUGGCGCAGGUCAACUUAGCGGCGCUGCUGGCCGGACUCGCCACAUUCAUGGCCAAGUUUAUUGAGAGACAGUUCAACCAGACAGUCUCGUUUUCCACCAUGAUGAUAGGAGGAGUUUGUAUCCCUUUGGCAGUGCUGGGCACCGUCCUGGGUGGAGCUCUAAUGCGAAGGUUGAAUCUGUCAGUCAGCAGUGCUGGCAAGUUGUGUACAGUUGCCAUACUGCUUGGUCUACUCUGUGCAACUCCUCUGCUGCUCAUUGGCUGCCCAACACAGAAGGUUGCCGGGGUCUUUCCUCAAAGCACUGAUGGCUUGUCCUGCAGCAUGAGCUGUCAGUGUCCUAAGGAGGCCUUUAAUCCGGUCUGUGGCUCAGAUGGUGUGGAGUUCAGGUCUCCCUGCCACGCCGGAUGUACUGCUAUGGAGAUUGAUAGCAAAAACAAAACAAGUAACUACACAGGGUGUCGGUGUGUUGGGGGUCUUGGGGUCGCCUCCCCGGGGACCUGUGGCAGCGGAUGCUCCCACCUCCUCCUCCCCUUUAUGGUCCUGAUAGGCCUCACAGCCUUCAUUGCCUCCUUCUCGCAGACGCCGUCCUACAUGAUGAUCCUCAGGACGGUGCCCGCCGAGGACAAGUCUUUCGCAGUGGGAGUUCAGUACAUGCUGUUCAGAGUGCUCGCAUUCAUGCCUGGCCCGGUGUUGUACGGUAGCGUCAUCGACACCACCUGCCUCCUGUGGGGCAAAAAGUGUGGCAAGCAGACUUCCUGUCUCUACUACAACCUGGACCUCUUCAGACAUAGGUUUCUGGGUCUGCAGGCGGUCUUUGUGUUUGGGGGGAUGAUGUGCUUCCUGCUGACGGUCGUGGUCCUGCGCAGGAGAAACCUCGGUCAGGAGUCAGAGCCGGGCUGCAAGGGAGGGUACGAGCUGGUCAGCGGGGAGAAAACACCGGGGAACUCUACGUCGAGAGAAACCAAACUGACGGGAGUGAAAACCUGAAGAAAGACGAUAUGAGGACGCAGGGACACCAAGGACAGAUUCCGAGGACGAGAAGGAGUUCUGAAAGACGCUGGCAAAGCUUGGAGUUCCUCAGACAUUUUUAACAACGUCAGUCAAACUGUGUAAAUAUACUUUCUUAUUAUAGUAAACCAUUUUUAUAACCACUACUGUGAAGCUAGCAUCCCUAAAUAAGUCACUGUUCAUAGUUUGAAAAUAACUAUGAUUCUAAGCUUAACGGAGAAGGAGGAAGAGUUUAAUAUUUUCUUAAACUUUGGACUUGAUUGCACAGAGGGGGAAUUCUCUUCAGCUCAUUACACAAAGAAACACAACUCCAAACCAGUAGCUCAUAAAAAAUGUAAUACAAAUAGUGAUGGUAUGCACAAAAACAUUUUUACUUAGAAUUAGUCAAGCUCAGUUUCAAUUUUAUCAGUGGAAGUUAGAGAUGCUGAAAAACAAUUUUACAGGAUAAAAUGUUAAAUUUAAGAUUCAAUUAAAAAAAAAUGUGACAUACUUACAAAAGGCACUUUUAAACCACAAAUAUUUAGUUCCAGGAACUAAAUGGUUUCCGUGGCCCAUUGUUGUCUGCGUUUCCAUGUGGUCCGAAGUUCCCUGAAGAUUAUGCAAACCAGGCUAGUGAUGUGUGGAGAAAAAUAAAAGUAGCAAAACAACGAUAUCUGUCUCCAUAGAAGGAGACAGACAGACAAGCAUUGUCAUGUGACACCACAGAAAACAUUGGGCCUGUUAGCAUGGAGAAGAUUCCUCUUGUGCUUUUUUUGAUUGAGCUUUAUGAUUUACUUAAUCAACACUUGGAAGGAGACAAGCUCUAGAGACCAAGAGGAUUCAAAACGUCUGAAACACUCGACUUAAAGCAAGAAGACAGAUUUUAAAAGCCAUGGUAGAGAUUGACCGGUGUUUCAGUUUAAACAGCAACUCUGUUAACUGGAGACUUUCAGUCGGAUGCAUCCCUCACAAACGUCUUUAGAAGAUCAUUAAAUACUUAUCUGAUAGAAAACUAAACUAGGAUGCAUUCUUGAGGACUCCUUCUGUGUUUCAACAUCUGUUGUAAACUCCACAAACACUGACACGUUCAGCUGAAGGUCUCCAGUUUACAGGGUCACUCUUUAGAUUGUAACACGGGGAGCUGACAGAGACUCAUUCACUCUAUCAGGAUCAGAGAAGACGAAUGUUAAAGAGUUAUUAAAUCAAGUGAGUAAAAGCUCUGCAGGUACUCUACCAAUCAGAAACAUUCAGCAUUACAGGCCCCACCCCCCGCCAGUGUACUGGUAGCUGAUAAGAAGUACUGGUGUGCAGAAAAAAGGCAACCUUUGUAAAUUUAGAAGCAUCGGUACUUCAUACCAGAGCGUACCGGCCCGCUUGAAGCACCAGACCUUCACUAAAGAGCAGUCAAAGAAACAAAUGUUGAUUCUGUUACCACAAAUGAGUUUUAGACCCAGACCCAGUAGUCUUGCCCAAGUCUCUGCUCAGUCUCAAGGUCCAAUCCACAAGGCAUAAAAGGUCAACGAUAUUCAAGCACAAACACGCCCAUAAAGUUCUGCAGCUCUGAGCAGUUUGCUCUUGUUUUGCGUCUGUUUGUGGGAAUAAGCUUCCGGCAUCUCCUCUCUCUGCUGUGCUGAGCUGCAUUGUGCACUCUCAUCCUGACAGAGCUCAAAGCUCUCCAUGUGUUAGUUAGCUGGAUGGGGAGGGGACACGUUUCAUCAGUAUACUGUGAAGUUGAUUCAUGUCAGAUGUGAAACAUAUUUAAUCGUUUAUAACAAAGCUUUCAGAUUGAGCCAGCAGAAGAAGCUCCUCCAGACCAUCUCCCCAUGUGGACAAAGUGUUCCUGUGUGUGCCAGGGUUGAGCCUCAGACAGUCUUUAAUAUUAAACAAUGCAACUGCUAGCUUUUUAACAUGAUGCAAAUAAUGUUACUCCCUCCACUGUGAGGUUGUGAUGUGUCCCCUGUCUGACUCCUACAGGGGGUUCUCCCUGCUCUCUGUGACUCUAUAUGGGACCCUCAUAUACUAAAUGAACAUCAUGCUGUUUGGAGAAGACUGUAAAUUAGAGAUUGAGACCAUAAACUUGUUUGGAAAAUGUUUACUGAGGGAAUAAAUCAGCUGAGGAGGAGGACCAUUUUCUCAUAAACUGAUGCACAAUCAGAAGAGUCGCCCCUUGCUGGACAGUUAAAAAAACGGUAAAUCUGAAAUUUGUUUUUCAAUUAAAGUGUAAAAAAAUAUUAUAUUUGUGUAAUUUUGUACAUUAUCCGAGAAAUUAUUAUUUUCGAUUUUUCAAGCAAAUAUAAAAAAAUAAACAUAUAUUUAGUCUUAGUGUAUAUAUGGUCUCAGGACAACACAGAAAAACUAACAGGCAAACUACAGCUUUAGUGUUAACUUCAACUAACACAGUGAAGCCGAAACAUUCAGUGCUCACGCGGCUGACCUAUACUGCAGUAUAGGUCACCUCCUCUGUGUUAACAGAUGGGACAUGUGUCAAACUGUAAAAUACAAACAUAGGUCAAAUAAAUGUUUGUCAAACACUGUUUCUGUCAUUAUAGUUACUUCUUAUCAUGCAGAUUUAAGUCACUUUGUUCAAGUUUCUGACUAGUUUACUUUGAAUUAGUUAUUUGAUGAUAUAAAUAGAGGUGUAAAAAAAGAUCAGUUUAAAUAUGACGCUUCUUUAGAAUGUUUAUUUUUCACUUGGAAUUCUGCCCUUGAUCUCAGAAUUCUGCUUUUGAGCCUAGACUGCUGUCUUUGAUCCCAGAAUUCUGCCUUCGAUCUUAAAGCAGAAUUCUGAGAAAGUUGGUAGGACUUAAAAAUAAUCAGUGGACCAGACCUCCUUCCAUCAUAAGGCCAUGAUUGCCAGCUCUGUUGACAAAUGAGGCUCCUGCAGCACUGUGUGCACCAGAUUAUCAGAGUAGAGGAGGAACGGUGAGAGGAAACGCAACAAAUACUAACACAAGAGUCAUUGAACUUUACAUCAAGCAGAAAUAAAGGCAUGUUGUCUGUGUUAUAUUCAUUCAGUGUUUGCAAUAAAGUUAAGAUUCAACAUGUCAGAAAACACAGUGAAAUAGUGAUGAAUCUUAUGACCUCUGGUUUAAAUAACAUCUAAUGUCAAAUCAACGUCUUCAUAUUCACUUGUGAACCAGUUUAGGACAUCUUUUCACAAAUAGCUGAGUAGUCAUAUAUCAUAAUAAUUACUCUCUUGAUGACAGUAUUUAUAUGUGACCAACCUGAGCUGCAGGAUCAGACAUGUUUGAGCAGCUCCUCUGAAGACGUCAGACGAUGAAGAAACACAAACAACACCAGUUUAAUUACAGAGCAGGGUGCAGGUAUUAAAAUUCAGAGGAUGUCAUGUAUUUACUUCAACGCAGAAGGGAAACAAAGUUCCUGUCAGCAUUAACAGAUAAUGAUUGCAGGUCGUCUGUAUUAUAUUGAUGCGAUGCUUCAUCCUCAUCAUCCUGCACACACUUUUCUUAAUCGUCAUUUCUAUGAAUAACUGUUAACAUGUUGACAUUGAGUAAAAGUGAGGGGUCACAGACAGACAGGAAAGAGUGUUUCAUCAUAAAGAGUCUGCUGCAACAACAACAAAAGAAGAGGAAGAGCCGCUCCUGUUGUUUCUUUAAGGAUAUCAGAGCGUGAUUUAUCCUCGACUGAGUCUCUGAUUGUUGAAACAUUUGUGCAGAAAACAGGAGUUAGAUUUAUAAUUGUACACAUAAGUGUAUCUUGUGUCUUCUUCAAGGCAAUUAUUGCACAUUUCAGCAUAAAGGUCAUUUUAAGUGCUUCACAUGAGACAUUAAAGUAUCGAAAUAAAGGACAUGAGAAGCCCAUCAGCUUCCUGACGGUGUAUCAGAGAGUCAAACCGAACCUCAUUCAAUAAACAAAUAUUUUGAA